AUGGUUAAUCUCGAUCCCAUCAACGCAAAGUUUGCGGCUGCAAUCGAUGGCCUGCCUGCUCCCCAUCAGCUCGGGGGUCCAGACAAAGCAUUCGAGAGUCUGGAAGAGCUACAGCGCCAUGAACCAGCGAGUGACAUUGCCACACAGUCUAUUGAAGUCGAAGGGAAAUAUGGCCCGACAUCUGUGACACUGUUUAGACCAAAGGCUCUGGUUCACAAGCCACUUCCAAUGAUCUUUUACACUCAGGGUGGCGGCUGGGUCAUGGGCAGUGCCAAAUCGUUUGCCGUGUUGGUCGAGGACUUGGCUCGGCGAACUGGAGCUGCGGUGGUCUUUCCGGACUACACGCUUGCACCGCAUAGAACGUUUCCGUUCCCGUUUGAGCAAAGUUAUGAAGUUCUCGAGUACAUGAUUCGUCAUGGAAAGGAGUACAACCUUUUGAUCAAAACCAUUGCUCUAGCUGGUGAUAGUGUCGGAGGACAUAUGGCCAUUGCCAUGAUGCAAAUGUCGUUGCAAAGACAACUGCCCGCUACAAUCGGUCAGAUGGUUCUCUGGGCCCCUGUUACCGUCACACAUAAGAAGUAUCCAUCAUACACUACGUUCAAAGAUGGUCCUUUCUUGCCAGAAGCCACGAUGGAUUGGAUGAUUGAGACCUUCAUACCAAGCAAGAGCGACAGAGAAACAGCACUGGCCUCUCCUCUAACACACCUCCCAGACGAUGUCCUGUCCAAAUUUCCUCCAACCAUUAUCUUUCUGUCGACUGUUGACCCCCUAGUUGAUGAGGGCGUCGCAUUUGGUCACCGGCUGCAGGGGCUCGGGGUUGAUGCGUCUGUAAUCAAGGCUGAAGGGCAGAUGCACGCUUUCUGUCUUGUGAAGGCGCUGCGGGAUGGGCCGACGGCUCAAGCAGUAAUAGAAUUGGCGGCACUGAGGUUGCGAAGGAUAUUUCAAGAUUCAAUAUAA